CCCACCGUUGAGUUACCCACCACAAAACUUCUUCUCCCUCUUCCUCCACUCUCUCUCCCUCUUCUGUGACACAUAACUCUGUUUUUCUCUUCAUUUUUCGGCGAUCGAUUUCGCGCAUGCAACCAGUGAUUGAAUCAUUAUCUUCUCACAGAUCAGUGAUUGACACACAAGACAUUGGAAACACUAAUUCGUAGGUGAAAGGAGAAUGGUCUGCAUCGGAGACUACCGAUUCGAUCGGAGGAAGAAGAAACAAAAGCGCUGGCGACCGUCGAUCGAUUUCGCGUUUUCACGCUCUAAUUCGGGAGCGGCGAGGGCCGACCCACGAAUUGGGUGACCUAAGGCUCGAUGCAACAGGGGAGGGCAACUCAAUGCAACAGGGGAGGGCAGCAAGGGAGAUGCUCUAUGCAACAGGGGAGAGGCAGAGUGUCGAUGCAACAGGGGAGAGGCAGAGAGUCGAUGCAGGGGACAGGGGAACGAGCUGGCGCCGCCGCCGCCGACGAUGGCGACAUGCGACAGGGGAGUGGCGUCGAGGGAUGGCGACAGUCGAUGGCGUCGAGCGAUGGCGAACGGCGACGGCGUCGAGCGAUGGCGAACGGCGACGGCGUCGAGCGAUGGCGAACGGCGACGGCGUCGAGCGAUGGCGAACGGCGACGGGGAACGGCGACGGUGAACGGCGACUGCGGAGGGCGAGGCUUCUUCGUUCUUUCGUCUUCGUGUCUGGCUGCGCGAAGGAAGGGGGAAGAAAUGAAUUGAAUUAGGGUUACGUUUUCAUUCAGCCCCUUUCAUUUUCAUUUUUUAUUUUUGUUUUUGUUUUUUUUUUAUUAAAGCAACCGGCCCAAAUGGUAAAAGCCGGCCGAGCGGUUCGAGCGGUUAACCGCUUCGGCCGCUCGCCGACCUCCCCAAUUAACCACUCCGUCUAAAUAGCUGAGUCGAGCCGGUUUUAUGGCCGGGUGGCGGUUUUCUCGGCUCGGCCGGCCGGCUCGGCUUUGACAGCACUGGAUAUAACUCAUCCAACGACCUUCUAAUUCCAGCCACCAACGAAUAUACCCAUUUGUAAAGAUAAAGGUUGUCAAUCCGA